AUGUCGGUGGCCUUUCUGCUUUUGUCUCUGAAGAACCUGGCCGUGUCGUGGUGCGGUGCGGUGCGGUGCGUUGGGAGCGGGGAGAGUGUGGAUUGUGGUCUGGUCUGGACGAAGGGUUCAGGGAAAGUAUACCACCCGACUAGCACCUUCCCCUGUAUUGACGAGGUGUCCCUGCCCAAAGACCCUGACCUGCCGACCCAGGAAGUAUGUCGAUCACGUAAGCCGAGUUACAGCAUCGUUCGCAUGCAUCGUUUCUCUCGGGCAAUGGCAAAGAGACAUUCGCACCAUGCCAAGGGAUAUCUCUGUUUGAAACCCCGCUGGAUCGAGCAGCUACCGAUGAGAUUGCCUUUCUUAAUUCAAAAAGUAUGCACCCAGAGCGACAUAUUCUGCAAAAACACCUUCCCCCAGCGAUUCCCUCAAUACAAGGAGGCAGCGAUCAAGACGCUAUUCGGGCCGCAGAGUGCUCGCCCUUUGAACGAGCGUAAUAAGAGCUGCAACUGCCGAUCGAGGGCUGGCUCCAGACUCGAGGGAGAAUACCUGCGCUCGAGAUUCCGCCGAGAAAUGAACAAAUCCCCAUACUGGGACACACAGAGGGUCUCGAGUAACAUCUAA